AUGUUCAUUCUUAUCUUAUCUCUCCUAAUACCGCCAACUAUUGCUUCUUUGGUGGUCGACGACAUGGAAUUAGUUCUUGUACAAGUGGUAUGGCGGCAUGGAGAUAGAUCACCUACAUUAACACAUCCAACAGAUCCACUACAAGAGGACUAUUGGAAAUUUGGAGGUGGAGGAUGGGGACAACUUUCACCGAUUGGAAUGAAACAACAUUUCGAGUUUGGACAACAAUUGCGAAAGUAUUACGUUGAUACGGGAUAUCUAAGUAGUAGAUAUGAUGCUAAAGAGGUUAGCCAAAGUUUUUAGGG